UGCCACCUUCCCGGGGGCCAGGAGCGCAGCCGCCGCCGCGUCCUCAGCCUCGCGCUCCGCCCGCUGCCUCUGUCGCCUCAGCCGGGCCCCGGAGCGCCGAGCCGGGGACGCCGGCCGCUCAGCCUGCCCGCCCUUCGGCCGCAGCCGGCAUGGGGGGUCGCUGAGGGCGAGCUCCUCUCCCCCCCGGCACCUCCCCCGGCCGCUGGCCUCUGGACUCCGGCCAGCGGGGCUCGGCCACCUCUGGCUCGCAGUCCGACGCCUGGCACGGCCCUCGGCUCUGCUCCUCCGGCUCUGAGCAUCGUGUCCCCGCCCCCCCCGCCCGCGCCUGGGACACCUGGGUCCCCCGGCGGCCCCUAGGAGAGGGGCGGGGGGGGGGGCAUGAAGCCUCUGGAGAAAUUUUUGAAGAAGCAGACGUCGCAGCUGGCGGGGCGAGCGGUGGCGGGAGGUCCCGGCGGGGGUCCGGGUUGCUGCGGAGGGCCUGGAGCGGGUGGGGGUCCUGGCGGGGGCGGCGGUCCGGCCGGGGGAGCGCGGCCACUGCAGCGGCGUCAGAGCGUGUCUCGCCUUCUGCUCCCGGCUUUCCUCCGAGAGCCCCCAACCGAGCCCGGGCUGGAGCCGCCCGUUGAGGAGGAAGGGGGAGAGCCAUUAGUGGUCUCUGAGGAGCCGGGCAGCGGGGGGCCCUGUUGGCUUCAGCUAGAGGAGGUGCCCGGGCCUGGGCCGCUGGGGUGCGGGGUCCCCCUGCGCUCCCCUUCCUCGUACUCCUCAGAUGAGCUAUCCCCUGGAGAGCCACUGGCUUCACCGCCCUGGGCCCCCCUGGGCGCCCCAGAGCGUCCAGAGCAUCUUCUGAACCGGGUUCUGGAGCGCCUGGCUGGAGGGACCAGCAGAGACAGCGGCGCCUCAGAUAUUCUCCUUGAUGACAUUGUCCUCACCCAUUCCCUCUUCCUGCCAACAGAAAAGUUUCUACAGGAGUUACACCAGUACUUUGUUCAGUCACAGAAUGUGGAGGGUCCGGAGGGGCUGGGCCGGAAGCAGGCCUGCCUAGCUCUGCUCCUCCAUUUCCUGGAUACCUACCAAGGGCUGCUGCAAGAGGAAGAAGGGGCCGGCCAAAUCAUCAAGGAACUGUAUCUACUAAUUAUGAAGGAUGAGUCCCUUUACCAAGACCUUCGAGAGGACACACUGAGGCUGCACCAGCUGGUGGAGACGGUGGAGCUAAAGAUUCCAGAAGAGAGCCAGCCACCCAGCAAGCAGGUUAAGCCGCUCUUUCGCCACUUCCGCCGGAUAGACUCCUGUCUGCAGACCCGAGUGGCAUUCCGGGGCUCCGAUGAGAUCUUCUGCCGAGUCUACAUGCCCGACCACUCCUAUGUGACCAUACGCAGCCGCCUCUCGGCAUCCGUGCAGGACAUUCUGGGCUCUGUGACAGAGAAGCUGCAGUACUCCGAGGAGCCUGCGGAGCGAGAGGAUGCCCUCAUCCUGGUGGCUGUUGCUUCCUCUGGAGAGAAGGUCCUUCUUCAGCCAACAGAGGACUGUGUUUUCACCACACUGGGCAUCAACAGCCACCUGUUUGCUUGUACCCGGGACAGCUAUGAGGCCCUGGUACCCCUUCCUGAGGAGAUCCAGGUCUCCCCUGGAGACACGGAGAUUCACCGGGUGGAGCCUGAAGAUGUUGCCAACCAUCUCACUGCCUUCCACUGGGAGCUGUUCCGAUGUGUGCACGAGCUGGAGUUCGUGGACUACGUGUUCCACGGGGAGCGAGGCCGCAGGGAGACUGCGAACCUGGAGCUGCUGCUGCAACGCUGCAGUGAGGUCACUCACUGGGUGGCCACUGAGGUGCUGCUCUGUGAGGCCCCUGGCAAGCGCGUACAGCUGCUUAAGAAGUUCAUUAAGAUCGCCGCCAUCUGCAAGCAGAACCAGGACCUACUGUCUUUCUAUGCUGUGGUCAUGGGGCUGGACAAUGCUGCUGUCAGCCGCCUGCGGCUCACCUGGGAGAAGCUGCCGGGGAAAUUCAAGAACCUGUUCCGCAAAUUUGAGAACCUGACGGACCCCUGCCGGAACCAUAAAAGCUACAGAGAGGUCAUCUCCAAAAUGAAGCCCCCUCUGAUUCCGUUUGUGCCCCUGGUCCUCAAAGACCUGACCUUCCUGCAUGAGGGGAGCAAGACCCUUGUGGAUGGUUUGGUGAACAUUGAGAAGUUGCAUUCAGUGGCUGAGAAAGUGAGGACAAUUCGGAAAUACCGGAGCCGGCCCCUCUGCCUAGAUAUGGAGGCCUCCCCGCACCACCUGCAGACCAAGGCCUAUGUGCGACAGUUCCAGGUCAUUGACAACCAGAACCACCUGUUCGAGCUCUCCUACAAGUUGGAGGCUAAUAGUCAGUGAGAGUGGAGGGGCCCGGCAGCCUUCACCUCAGUCCCGGGCCCCUGGCCCUCAAUGACCCACGUCGACAUCUUUUCCCUGGAGCCACUUCCUGAUCCUACGAGGAGGAGUUGGGUAGCCCUGCCAGGACGCAUAAGCCUGUUCAUCCUGCUGAGGUCCUUUUGCCUUGCUCCUUCACACUCAAGCUGCUCUGCUGGUUUCUGACCUCUCUGGGCAAGGGGUGACAGAGCACCUCUGUGCCCUCCCAGGGAGGUCUGUUCCAGAGAUGGAAUUUCUAGCCUCCACUUCCCAAGCAGAGAGGAAGCACCCCCCAUCCCCAUCACAGCUGCGGUGUGGGAGGCACUGGAAACCUUCUUCCUGUUUCCUUGGAUAUACAGCCCCUAGGACUGUGUGUGUGUGUGUGUGUGUUCAUGUGUUCAUGUCCUGCUUUUAGGGAGCAGGAGCACAUCUGAUAAUGUUGGGUGUCACCAGUGUUUUGAGGGUCCUUUCCUGUUUGGUGCUACCCUUGUUGGCUAUGUCUCCUCCACUGCCUGCCCAGCUCCACCGGCUGUCCUACAUAUGAAGACUGUGGGCCAGCGUGUUCCCGAAGGCAGGGAAUAUCAGUGAGCAGGGGAGUUACCCAUCAGCCCCUGCAAAUCUCCCACCCAAGAUUCCCCAAAACUUCUGGGUAUGUGCCAGUGAGAGGCUGAGACGCUCAGCUCAGGGAAACAGGCCUAAGCUGCCUCUUGGGCCCUGCCUCUACCUUACAGUAGAUGGGAUGCUUGUGGUAUUAGAACUAGGGGUGCUGUUCCCCAUACCUCCCUGCUUUUGGGGGGGUGGUUCUCACUGCUAAGGAGGGAGUUAUCAUCCUUCUGGCUCUGUGUCUACCACCAGCCACACAGUCUGUCCGUCUGUCUGUCUUCAUUCCCCUUUGUCUCUCUGUAGAGCCAAGGGUGGAUCUCAGUACCUAGGGCAGAUAGCUCCUCCUCCGAGUGGGGAGAAGCGAGACAGCAGCAGCUAUAAAGAUGGAGCUGGGCUCUGGCAAGACCUUCAAUACCUCUCUGUCACCCUUCCCUCUCCCAUCACAGCCUCCAGGGCUUGCAGGGGCUUGGGGAGUUUCGGGGGGCUCCUGGCAGCUAUUGGGUGGGGUUUCCUGGCACAGCCUCACCCUCCUUCCUGGCCCUUCUGAAGAGGUAGCAGUGGCUGAGGCAGCAGUGAAAUCGGCUGCGGCUCCUGCUCUGGGAGUGUACAUAUUUUUUACCCAAAGCUCUGGAAUUGUACAUUUAUUUUUUAAAGCCCAAAGAGGGGAAGAACCGUGUAUCAUAUGUAAACACUGUAUUAUAGGUUAUGUUGUACAGUCCCUUUUAUACAGCAGUUCCUGUCAAAAUAUCCACAGGUAUGCCAUGCCACUUCCCCCGCCCAAAGGGGUGAUGGUGACCAUGCCUCCCCCAUGCUCGGCCGCUUCCCUGCAACUUCUGGCUGCUCCCCUGCAGCCCAGGCUUCCUGCUGCUCCUUGGGAACCCCUCCUCAGCCUCCUCUAGCUCCCAAGUCCCCCAGGAACACCACCUCCCCCACCCCUUGGCUGCUACUUGCCUCUGGUCAUGAUGCUUGCCCCGCUGCUUCUCAGGGGCCCCCUGUAGCUUUAACGGAAAACCAUGCGUAUUGUAUAGGCCCAGUUGUCAUUGCAGAAACUGCUCGGUAGAAGAAAAAAAAAUACACUGAAGUCUAUGAAUCAA